GAACAGAAAAAUCUAACUAUAAAAAUGGCGGCCAAGUCAAAGAAGCGGCUGUCUAAAAUUGAAAAUAAACUGUUGAAAUUGGAUAAAUUAGAACUCAAAGACGUAUUCUGUUCGAUUUGCCAUUCCAUUCUAGUAGAACCUGUAACAUUACCAUGUUAUCAUGAUUUCUGUUUAAGAUGCUUUAAUGGUAGCGUAGAAAAUAAUGCUUUGUGUUGUCCUCUCUGCCGCUUACGAAUUGGAUCGUGGCUUCGAAACGCAACAAAACAAAAGAAUUUAGUAAAUGUUGAUCUUUGGGAUUUCAUCAAAUUAAAAUUUUCCAAGGAAAUUGAUAUCAAGACUAAAGGGGAAGACAUCAAUUUGCCUGAAGAUAAACCAGUUCCAAGGCUUAGUGCACCAGGGGAAAUAAGAUUAGAAUAUGAAAAUGAACUUAGGAGACUGAGGACAGAAAGACUUCAACUUGAAGAAAAACAUCUACAAGAAACAGAAUUAUUAAUAAAGAAAAUUCAACAAGAAGAGGAAGAAGCUCACAAGAAAUAUUUAGAAGCAGUAAAAAAGGAUGAGUUGCUAGCUCAAGAAAUGCAACAUGAACAAGCUAAAAGUAAAACAACUCCAACACCUGUAUCCAAAGCAGCGCCGAAGAAGCGAAAUUUGAGAGGAACUGAAACAAAACCUAGACUCAAAGCUACCAGGAUUGAUGGCUAUUUAUCCAAAGUCAAAGCGACAAUUGUUAAAGAUAAUCCCCUUUUAACUGAUGACAACACUAGUACUGACAACUCUACUCCGAAAGAAUCUUCAUUACAAUAUAACAAUCGAGGAUCCCCUGAACUGAUUCCAAGAUAUGGCAAAGUAAUGAAAAAUAUUAUUGACAAAAAAAUAAAAAGUAGCCCUGGCAUUUGGAAUAAAGAAAAUGGGGACAAUGUUAAAGAAAAGAAAACGGAGCCAGAAAUAUCCUCAAACAGUAAAGAAGAUGAGCAAAGUGAUGACAAAAAAGCAAAAUCAAAAAAUACAGUGCAGUCCCUUUUGGUAUCGCUUCCUUUACCUAACUCAGGAGUAUUUCAACAUAAAACCUUUGGCAACAGGAGUGUUGAAACGGGAAGUGUGGACUCCAUGAGACAAGAAUUGUGUUACUUCAAGCCAAUAGAAGCAUCUACACCGACUAGUUUCAGUUUAGGUAAAGGGUUUCCAUUGAAAAUACCUAGUGUGAGAGCCGAGAAGGAGUCUACGGCCGGUCUAGCGUCACCACCAAGUCAGGAACAGUACAUGGAAGGGUUGUGCCGACUUCGACAUCUAUCAAUAACUAAUAACCUUCCUUCAGCAUUUGUAGUAGUCCUCAAUGCUUUGAAAUGCACAAAGAAUCAUAUAAAGGUUGAAACUCGUCAAAGAAUAAAGAAGUCGGGAGUCAUCAAUUCAAACACAGCACCAAUAUUGCCCGUUAAAAGGAAUGCUUCUAAUAGAAGUAAGAUGUCGGGACUUCAAGUUGAUGGCAUCAGUAAAUUAAAGCCAGUAAAGAAUUUGAGGCGAACAAGGUCUAUGGGAAGCAUGUCGAAAGAUGAAAACGAAACUACACCUAAGAAAGCAAAAUUAAAAGAAAGGAAAGUAGCUUCAGAGAGACGGCCAUAUUUGAGAAGUGAUUCCAAAAAGUUCAAUGCCAAAAAACAGUUUGAUAGUCCAUCGCCAAUCCCCGAGUCAAUAAAUAACAAUAAAAUAAAUUUAGUUGUAAAGAAUUUGUCUAGUCCAUUGAAAAAUUGUGAUUUAAAGAACAUAGUGCAUGAACAACUUAGGAUCGAAAAGAUUAUAGAACAAGAGAAGAAUGAUUUCGAGUUAGCGCGAAAAGUGGACGCGGAGUGGAAUGGCAGGAGGCAGCUGCGGCGGCCGCCCGUGAAGCGGCAGGUGCCUCUCAGCUACGCGCUCAGGCCCGCUAAGAAAUUAAAAGUGUGAGCUGUGACGUACAAAUGUUCAUUGUAUACUUAGUCUGGUAAUUAUUACAGUAUUCGUGUAUCCCAUAAGUAGUCUUCAGUGUGAUUUAUUACUCUGUACGGACUACGAUUACUAUUAGUAAUUGAAAUAAUACAAUCUGCAUGUUUAAAUUGUAUCCUAUACCAUAGACUGGUGAUUAAUGUAAUUGAUAAUGUAUACCUAUCAUUAUUCUGAAAUGUAAUCCAAUGUAGUAAAACUAGGAUUGUUCUUAUAUGAAUAUAAUUGAAAUAUAUCUUGGUAUAUUCUGAUACAUUUAUAAAACCAUAUUGCCCGACGAGGUAGUCUCUGGGCUAAAAUUAUCGUUAAUUUUUAUGUAUUUUAAAAUAAAACCUGGUAUUUUAAAAUUGUAUGUUGGGGUUGUGCAAUUUAAAGUGCAUAAGUCAUCCCACAUCGAUCGAUACUCGAUAGGUUCAAUGCUCAAUUUUGAGCCAUUUUUGAUCAAACAUCGCUUGUCCCUGUAAAUACGUAAUAAAUCCUCCAAUUUCAUACGCAAAAUAUGUUAUUUCCUGAAAUUAUAAUUCGUAGUUUUAAUAUUAGAUAUACUCGUCAUUGUCAUCAAAAUUUUUUUCAUUGAUGGUCGUUAAAAAUAAAAAAUGUGUCCUAAAAUUGUAUAUUCAGAAUACAAAAUUGUAGCAUGUUUAUAUGCCAUAAUAUACUCCUCAGUUGACCAGACUCGUCGACACAGUCGUUCUAGAGUAUCGUAGUUUUUUUUCAGUGAUUGAAGAAACAUAAUUUCUGCUUCCCAUCUUCCAUCUUUUGCUCUGGAUAGAUUAUUGGGACCGGCCGUAAAACACUUAGUGAAAAAUUGAAAAGGGCUUGUAUUUUAAUAAUAAAUUGGGUCUAAUAUAUAUACUUAUGCCCUAUAUAUUUUUUAAUCUCUAUUACGAUCUUUAUCUGUUUAGGCUAUUUCAAUAUAUAUUUCAGUCAGACUUUCAUAGAAACUAUUGCUAAUAUAGUUUUGGUAAAUCCACCUUUGGCACCGGCGUUUUGGGUUGGCUAGUAAAACCAAUAUGUUACGAUCUUUAGCUAACGUAAUUAUGUAUAAAGUUGUAUCAGUGUUUUAAUGUUUGUGAAACUCUGAUCGUUGCACAUAAACAAUACACUGGACUAUAGCGCCCUUACUCUCAGAAUGGAAAAUAUGUAAUUGAAAGCUGAGGGCUUACAAGGUUUCAUGAUCUUUCUUACGUUGUAGCAAGUUGCUUGGAGUUUCACUUUUUAAUUAACAAAAAUUCCGUUUAGAGCUAAUUGACACUGGUUCUAAUAAUUAGAAUAUUCAAGAAAACUUAACUAUGACUUUUUCACUUAUCACUGAUAGUGAAAAUUAGUUUCGCCACUUCGUUGAGCUACAAAAUAAUACUAGCGCGAAGGUAAAUUUGCCUAUUGAGUUUCUAUAAAAACAAUGAGGACAAUGUGUUUUUUGUAACUACACACAUUAGAAAUUAUAACAAUAUGCAAAUAAAAACUCACCGCUUUCUGAGUGUAGUAAGGGUUUGUUGGUAAAGUUUCUAAAAUUUAAAUCUUUAAAAUCAGUGUUAAUUAAUCCUAGAUGUAUAUGUGGUUACUAUUAGUAGUUACUUAUUGUAUGAAAAAAUAUAUGUGUGUGUACAUAAUUAAUCUACAUAGAAUUGUAAUACUUCAUGGUUCAAUCAUUUGAAUGAUAUUGCCAUGGAUCUCAUAACAUGUGAUUAUCUUGUGAUGUAAGAAUUUGGUAUUGUAAUUUUAACUGGAUAAUGAUAUUUAUGAUAUGAUAUGGUGCUCUCGAAUUCAUUCUUAUCCUAUAAUAAUGGUAAGUAUGCCUAAUUCUGAUAAAAUUGCAUUACGUCAAUUAUUUAUUCCCCAAUGAUUUUGCAUUUGUGAAACAAAUGCAGAUUGUUAAUAUUUUAAAUUGAUUUGCAAUUGGACUUGUGCAUCAUGCUGAAUACAUAAGCAUAUAAAUUACUGUAUUAUAUUUCUCGAUUAGUCGACAAUAGUAGAUGUAUUUAAGUUUACUGAUGUAAAUUAUUUCAGAUCUAAACUACGAAUGUGUAAAAGAUAAAUGUUUUGCAAAAUAA